UGAAUGGGAUUUCCUCAGAGUAUGAAAUCUGAAGCUCAUCCAGGUGGAACAUUGACUCUUAAGCAGUAGAAAAGUGUAAAAAAGACACAUCCUGCAGAUGAAAAAACUAUAACUGUUCUACAUCACACACACACACACACACACACAUACAGCCACACACAAAUGCAUGCACAAGCAUAUAGAUGUCCUACUAAAAUUCCUCUUGUCUGGUUCUUUAAGGCGAGAUAUCAUUUGUAUUUAUUUCAGUUCAUUUGCUUCCUUGUCUUAGCGGACCUUUUUUUACUAACCUCACUUUUUAUAGAUAUGUUCACUACUUUUGUGCAUAUUGUUAACUGUACAGGCUUUUCAGAUUAAAAAAAGAUGUUACUGAUUGAAAUUAAAUUUACUGGUGAACAGCUGACAUUUCCUGCUCAAGUGAUGACGAGCUCCCUGCGUUGGCCUGGACGAUAUGAGGAUACAAAGACUGAACAGUGCAGGUCUUUUAGACUUUCCAAAUGUUAUGACACCAAAUUGAUCAAAUGCUGAUAGUGAUUUGGGUUUUCUCUUACAAAACACAUGCAUUGUAUAAAGAAGAUAUGUUUUUCUUGUCUACCGGCGGUAGCAACAUUAAUUAAAUGUAACAGGUGCAGUGUGUUGCAUCAUAUGAUAGCCAUGUCUCUCACGAGAUACAUGUCAACACUGGGAAAUUGGACAAAGGAAAAGGCUGACAUGUGUGGGUUCACAUUGAAACCAAUAGGUGUGGCUGAUUUCAGGUGCAGCAUAUACCACAGGAGUGAGUUUCCCUUAAGACCUCUGGCCCAACUCUCUUAGAAGCAAGAAAAACUGUUGACAAGCAGCUAACCAGAAAACUUUGCCAUAAAAGAUGAGAUUGAAGUGUCAACCAUAUUCAACUUUGAUUUUGAAUACAGAAAUCAUUGUAUAAUUUCAUCAAAGUACCACAUCCUCAUACUGUCUUGUAUUUAAGCCUCACUGUAAAACAUCAACACCGAUAUUUUUUUAUAAAUUCUUACUCAAACCACAAUAUUUGCACGUAGAAACGAUUGUAUGUUUAUGAUAGGAUUUAGUAUUUGAUAAAUUCUCCACGCCUGUAGUUUAUACCAUCGUGUUGCUGCUGGGAGUAUGCAUCCAAGUCUAUGGCUCUCUCCCAAAACUAUCCCCACCCACUAGCACCGGGUGUCUCCACCAUAACCUGCAAACAUCUGUCGCCAAGCAUACUGACAAUCACCUUGCUUGUUACACUUACUGUCAUGUGCUAUAAAUAGAUGUUAUGUUCCUCUUAAACUGAUUGAUGCUUGUGCAUCGGGGUGUAACACAAAUCAAAUGGCCCUCCUACUAAUUGCUGAUAUUUUACUGUCUAGCAGCAGGCAAGAAAAUGAAGGGGAUUGAAUUGAGAAUAUCAUUCGCUGUCUUUGUGGGAAUGCUGAUUGUAAUUUUGUUUCUGUGUUGUAGGGGACGGACUACAAGUUUACCCACUGCACGACUACUCCUGCUCCUGUACACGGCAGUCACCUCUAAAUGAUGGAAACCCUCAUCCCUGAUUGGCUUGUGUACCUUCUGACAAGCGGAGCUUAAAGACGACAUCCUUGCUGUUCUCUUCUUCAUCGCAGUGCUCAUUGGCCGGACCUUUUUGAGGAAUAUUGUCCGUAUCGUGAGGAAUAGUUCUCAGAUUUCCCUUCAACUGAACUGUAGGUAACUGAUGGCUGUUACAUUUCCACCGGGUGGUUUGCACUGCCUGGAUUUUAAAAAGGAUCAUUAGCAACCACGACCUCUUCUGCUCCGGAGUUUUCCCCUACUUAUGCUUGUGUGCGAAUGUGGUUUUAGUGUGAUUGUCUGUUUGUGUUUGCAUCUGCAUGGCGUAAGUGAGGGAUAGAAAAUAAGGAUUCUUUUUCACUCAAAGAGGACAAAAGAAGACACAGCAAACAAGUUGAAAACAAGGAGUCGCAACUAUGUCCCAGUGGAGGCACCAUUCAAGGACUGGUUGUCAGCUACUCCAGACUGCCAAGAGUAAGAGCAGGCUGAUGGGAUACGUAAGGCUUGAAGGUUCCUUAAGCAGUGGUCGGUGGGUGUCCUCUCUAAUAGGGCUGGGACUGAUGCUGCUGCUGCAGGCAUCUCCUACUGCUGUGUCGGCUCAGAAACUCGACGAGAACGACCCGGUGGUCACCACCACGUAUGGCAAGCUGCGUGGCGUUAAGAAGGAGCUCAACAACGAGAUCCUGGGUCCCGUCGUGCAGUUCCUGGGCGUUCCGUACGCUGCCCCGCCCACCGGCGAGCGCCGCUUUCAGCCACCAGAGCCACCGGUGUCAUGGCCGGAGAUCCGCAACGCCACGCACUUUGCCCCGGUGUGCCCUCAGAGCAUCGUGGAGGGCCGCCUGCCGGACGUGAUGCUGCCGGUGUGGUUCACCAACAGCAUCGACGUUGUGUCCACAUACGUCCAGGACCAGAGCGAGGACUGCCUCUAUAUCAACAUCUACGUCCCCACUGAGGAUGUCAAAAGAAUAUCCAAGGAUUGUGCCAGGAAACCGGGCAAGAAAAUAUGUAGACAAGGAGGUAUGUAUGAUCUGAACGCAACCUAUACCAUGCCACAGAAAGAAGAAACUAGGAGGGAAAAAAAGAAGAACCUUCUGGUGCAGCUGAGAGCAAUCAUGAUAUCAAGGUCUACAAAUUAUUCAGGUUUCGACUCGAGGCAUCUGCAGGUUUUCAGAAUGCUACAUUUAAGAGACAGGGCCGUUUUUCAACGAUACCUGGAGGUAAAUUUAAGGGCAAUUUUAAAAACCAUAAGUGGAAGUCUUCCUCUGACUGAACAUUUGCAGGUAUUAGCAAAAACAUAUGUGCUACUACAACGCUGAAUGAGCCAUGUGAUUUGUAGACCUUGUGAUGUCGAUACCGAGGUAGUGUUGCUCCACACUCCAUGGUCCAUCCAUGUGUGCUCUCAUUGGUCAGCAAGAUUUGGUGAUGUGAUCGGCUGCCAGAUCUGGGGUCAGAAGCUGUGCGGUAACGAGGCUUGAUGUGUAAGGAGAUAGGAGCAUAUUAGAUCAGACAUGCUGUCACAAACACACACACACACACACACACACACACACGUACAGUGAUGUAGUUGCAUGCAGUGUUAAACAAGAUGAGCUCAAGCUAGACCAUGACUGUGUAAUCUCCAUUAAAAGAAGGCAGAGCUGUGUUCAGGUUGGCCCGGGCUGCUGUAUCAAGCACUGUUUCAUCAAGAUAAUGCCCUCCUCCUCCCUCUGUCUCUCUCCCUGUCUCCCAGCCUCUCCCUCCCUGGAUGUGUGCACGCUUUUUAGUGUCUAUACAUGUUUGUAUGAGAGUGUGUAAGAUUGUGUGAGUGUGUGUGUGUGUGUGUGAGAGAGAGAGAGACAGUUGCUGACAGUGUCCUUGAUAAGGUCUGGGUGUUAAUGUCAUUUUCUUGGCAGCAGGCUGCAUUAUCACUUAGUGUACAUUCCUCCUCUACUUACUACACGGAUACAUGUGCACUCUAACCUCUCCUUUCCUCAGACGUGUAGCACGCACAGAGACACAAUGGGGGAGUGCUUUUAAAUUGGGAGAUUACAGAAGCUUACAUGUUAGUCAUACAGCAUGGAGAAUCACCAUUAUAUACAGCAUGGAGAAUCACCAUUAUAAAACCAAGACCCAGACAAUCUGGAGCUUUGCUUAAGAAAACAAUGAAAAGCAAAGAAAAACAAGAUGGUGGAUCUGUGGCCUUCUUAAGGUAGAAAGUGUUACCCACUUACCCACUUACAAUUAUCCACCGUCUGUGCCUCACUUUAUUAACGUGUACAUACAUGAAUGCAUGUAGGCCACAUGUUGUUAACAGGCUUACUCAGCCUUACUCUGUCAAAAAACAAAGUUUAACAACACAGUAUUUAUUAACACUGCAUUAUAACUAGACAGAAGGUAAUACAUUUGAACUUCCUUAUGUAACUGCCACAUUUUGCAGAGAUCUCCUGCAAUAUGUUAUACAUUUCCCUACAUUUUGUUAUCAAUCAUUACUUAUUGCAGAGGAUGUUUCAAGAUGUGUUCAAGAGAGCUAAGGGAUACAGUGACACUUGUGGUGUUGGUCAAUAAUAAUAAUGAUAAUAAUAAUAAUGAUAAUAAUGUAGAUAAUUAAUUGUAUCUUUUUAAAUUAUUUUUUUAUUGAAGACAUCCAUGUUGGUUGGUUAAUACAUAAUGCACUAUUCAAUUUUCAUAAAAAAAUGCAACACCCAACUUUUUAAUAAUCACUGCAAUAUCUAAUAAGGUAUUAACAAAUGCAGCAGAUCAUUACAACAUGUUGGUUCAUUCCGUCCAGGUAUUAUUAUAUAUUUACAGUGUUCAUUCUACCUCAUUUGUGAACAAUUAAGAAGCUUAUUACAAUUAUUACAGACAGUAGGGCUGCAUAAUAAAUAUAAAUAUGGCCAACUGCAAAUUUCAAAUCAUAAUCAAUUGCAAUAUCAGUCGAAAACAUUUUUUCAAAAUGUGUUUAGCCAGAACAGACAGAUGACACAUGAAAGGACCUGAGGCAGAUUUAAAUCUGGGAGAUAUUCCUCACAAUAUGGAAAAUAUUGGACUUUUUAAAUCAAUAAAAAUCAAGAAAAAUAACAAAUUUGGCUUCUAUUCUUAAAAGUAAAAUACUAUACCCUCGCAUGUAUGUUAGGCUGGUUGAGUGUACAGUAGGGGUGGGGGAAAAAUCGAUACAGCAUAGUAUCGCGAUAUUUUGCGUGGCGAUAUUGUAUCGUGAUAAUAUCGC